UCGACUCUGAAGAGCAUGCAUACGAUACACGAUACGCGUAUUACACUCGGUCGAUAAGGGAGGCGAGGAACAGGUGACGACAUCGUUGUCAUACUCGUGAUUUCAUAACACGCCAUUUUCUUUGUGUAAAGUGUGCUGGAGCGCGGAGCGUUUGCAUCGAUAUUUUCUACCGAGUUCCAGCAAAACAUGGCAUCCCGCAAGAAAGUGUUGUUAAAAGUUAUUAUCCUUGGAGAUUCAGGAGUUGGAAAAACUUCUUUGAUGAAUCAAUAUGUCAAUAAAAAGUUUAGUAAUCAAUAUAAAGCAACAAUAGGAGCAGAUUUUUUGACUAAGGAAGUGAUGGUGGAGGAUAGAAUAGUCACUAUGCAGAUCUGGGAUACCGCUGGACAAGAAAGAUUUCAAUCAUUAGGAGUGGCUUUUUAUAGAGGCGCUGAUUGCUGUGUGCUUGUAUUUGAUGUAUCUGCUCCAACUAGCUUUAAAUCUCUAGAUUCAUGGAGAGAUGAAUUUUUAAUUCAAGCUUCUCCUCGGGAUCCAGAUAAUUUUCCGUUCGUUGUGCUUGGGAAUAAAGUAGAUCUUGAAUCAAGAGCAGUAUCGAGCAAGAGAGCGCAACAGUGGUGUCAAUCAAAGAAUAAUAUUCCAUAUUUUGAAACUAGUGCAAAAGAGGCUAUUAAUGUCGAACAGGCUUUUCAAACGAUAGCUAAAAAUGCUUUAGCUCAAGAAAGCGAAGUUGAACUUUAUAAUGAAUUUCCGGAUCAAAUCAAAUUGAGCAACGACCAAAGAAGCAAUGGCAGAGGUGAUUCAUGUGCUUGCUAGGUCUUGGCACAACAGUAAUAUCACUUGGAUGACUAAUAAAGAUGCACAGGGAUAUUUAUAUAUCGGCCAUCCCAAUUUAAAAAGAGAAGAAAAUUCGUUACAAAUGUGACUUAGAAAAAUUUCUCGUCGCUGGAUGUGUUGUCUAUAAUAAUUUUUGCAAGAGAUAUUUUUUAAAUUUUUCUGUAAAGAUCCCAGAUUCAUCUUUUAAAUGCGAGAUUCCUCUUCUUGUACCGCGAUGCACAUCAAUUUUUCAAAUUUUUUACUGUACGCAAGACACACAAUGAAAUCCCAGUGCGCGGUGAAUUAAUCGUCAAUUGUAUGGUCUAUCGAGCAACAAUUUUAUGCAGACUAUAUUUUGUAAAUAAGACAAGAUAUAAUCCAUUUAGGACAAUUUAUCGUUAUAAAUAUGAAUCUUUAUAUCCUGAUAGCCAUAUCAAUAAGCGCUCUUGUAAUACUUUAAUUCUAUCUAUAUAGUCCCUUGUUAGAACAAUAAUUAUAAUCCUAAUGGCGUGUGAUAUUUAUUUUCAUGAAAGAAGUGAGCUUUCUCAUAGUUCAUGCGAGGAAAAAUAUCCAAAUAAUGCUGUAUCUUAGAUUUUUGUAGUAAAAAAUAAUUGUGCGUUCA